UCAAAAUUUAGUAACCUAAAAGAACAACAGCUUAAAAUUGUUUAAUAUGAACAUGGUUUGUUCUAUGAAUAUGAAUUAACGACACUUAUGUAUUUAUGACAAACAAUUACGUUAAAAGAAGUGUUUAGAGUAAAUAAGAAAAAUGUGGGACACAUCCGUGUUUUUAAACACUUUAACGCCAAAGUUCUAUGUGGCUUUAACAGGGACUUCUUCACUGAUUUCCGGCUUAAUUCUUAUAUUUGAAUGGUGGUACUUUAGAAGAUAUGGAACAUCAUUUAUAGAACAGUUAUCUAUCACCCACAUAAGCCCAUGGAUUAGCGGCGAAUAUGUGGAAAACGGAGGGCAUUUGAAUGGACACACUAACGGUAAUAACUCGCAAAAUGUGAAUGAAUGUAAAGUAUGGCGAAACCCGCUGAACCUCUACAGAGGGGCUGAAUAUCAGCGUUUUUACUGGGCAACAAACAAAGAGCCUCUAACAUACUAUGACAUGAACUUAUCGGCUCAAGACCAUCAAACUUUGUUUACUUGUGAGGCUGAUGCAGGAAAAGAAGAGUAUGAAAUUAUGCAGACGGCCUGGCGGGAAAGAAACCCAGCUAUUAGAAUAAAAGCUGCACACGAUGCUCUAGAAAAAAAUCCUGAUUGUGCAACAGCCUAUAUUUUGCUUGCUGAGGAGGAAGCUACUACUAUACUUGAUGCUGAAAAGAUCUUUAAACAAGCCCUUAAGGUUGCAGAAGUUAGUUAUCGUAAAUCACAGCCUUUACAGCAUUCAAGUUCUUUAAUGGAAGGAUUACAUAGAAGAGACACAAAUGUGGUGGUUUACAUAAAAAGGAGGUUAGCUAUGUGUGCUAGGAAGUUGGGGAAAUUAAAAGAAGCUGUUAAAAUGUUUAGGGAUUUAACCAAAGAAGUCCCACCUAUUAUUAACAUUCUUAAUAUUCAUGAAAACCUUAUAGAGGCUCUGUUAGAAAUGCAAGCUUUUGCUGAUGUUCAAGCAGUUUUAGUAAAAUAUGAUGAUAUAACCCUACCAAAAUCAGCAACAAUAUGCUACACUACAGCCUUAUUGAAAGCCAGAGUGGUUGCUGAUAAAUUCUCUCCUGAUAUAGCUAGUAAAAGGGGACUUAAUCAAGCAGAGAUGUCAGCUGUAGAGGCUAUACAUCGUGCUGUGGAAUUUAACCCUCAUGUGCCAAAAUAUUUGCUAGAAAUGAAACCCCUCAUAUUGCCACCUGAGCAUCUGCUGAAACGUGGUGACUCGGAAGCACUAGCAUACACUUUCUUUCAUUUAGCACAUUGGAAAGCUGUGGAUGGGGCUUUAAAUUUGCUACAUUGUACUUGGGAGGGCACUUUUAGAAUGCUUCCAUGUCCCUUAGAAAGGGGGCACUUAUUUUACCCUUAUCCUACAUGCACUGAAUGUGCGGAUAGAGAAUUAUUGCCAUCUUUUCAUGAAAUAUCAGUGUAUCCCAAGAAGGAAUUACCGUUUUUUAUCAUUUUUACUGCUGGUUUGUGUUCCUUUACUGCUCUUCUUGCCCUCCUUACACACCAGUACCCCGAAACUAUGGCCCUUAUUGCCAAAUCAUUUUUAACUUGGGUCUCUCUACCUAUGUAUUUUAUUUAUGAUAAAGUUGAAGGUUUACUAUCCUCCAAUCUUCUACAACAAUUGUCUAGAAUUUAGAAAUUAAGUAUUUAAUUUAUAUGUACCAGCUACCUAUGCUUUUAAUUUAUAUUGUGUGAUCCAAAUUGUGUAUGUCCUAACUGAAAAAAAGAAUAAAGAUAUAUUC